AUGUCUGCGGAAUUGGUUGUGAAAAAAAGGGGAAGACCGAAGAAGGUCGUCCAGGAGGCAGAGAUUGAAAUACCAGACAGCAUGAAGAAGAAAACCACCACACGAGCCAAAUCGACAAAGACAAUUGCUGCAACUGCAACUGCAAAACCGACAAAAGCAGGCAAAACAAAAGUCAUUACUUCCGCGAAAACAAUUACUGCCUCGCCGGCGACAUCGAAAACGGUUGUGGCUUCCAAGAACGCAAAAGUUACCAAGACGAUUGCAAAAAUUGAAGCUCCAACAACUGUCAAUCACCCCGAGAAACCGCCAAAAACUGCUUCUGCCACAGCCACGAGAUCGACUCCAAUAACUACCACGACAAAGACUGUUACAUCCAAGAUAUCAUCACCAACCCUUUCUAAAGCGUUCGAACCUCAGGAAAAGCCUACGAUUAUAGCACCUGCAACGGCAGUGGAUGAAAAUACUACGGAAGCGCACCAGGUGUUGGAGAAAGCAGCUCCGGUGACGAGCAAAAUUGCCGAAUUGAAGCCAACGGCAGACACAAAAGCGUUCAGCGAGCUGUCGACAACCAUACCUACGAUUGAUUCUGCUCAGAAACCGGCAGCGUCUUCUACCUGCGCAUCGAGAGAGGAUGGAGAACAGAUAUCAACAUCAACUAGCACGAACCCCGCAACGACCCCCCAAAUUACAACAGAGACGUCCAAGAUAUUAAAAGAAGUCCGCGAGCUUUCGCAGAAGAAUCCAUCAUCACUAUUCGAGAACCCCUCGUCGACCGAAUCUGCCACAAGUACACUACAUACACCAGCAUCAGCACCUGCCACAAGAAGCGUACCGGCGGUAGCUACGAUAUCCACAAGCAUCAAAGAGAUACCUCGAAUGUCUCCCCCAUCCAACUCAAAACCUCCUCCCAAUGCGAAGCCGAAACCAAUUCCCAAACCGCAUAUACCCAUCGCAGGGCUGAACAAGGAAAUAGUCUCAAACAUCACGGCACGCGCAGGGGCCCGACCAAGGCCAGCAGGUAAUAGUGGUUUACCUCCAAGUUACAACAAUGUGGCUCGGAAAGUUACCAUGGCCAUCGUUGCAGCGCCGAUUGCAAUAGUGACGAGCUACGUGCUAUACCAGAGACUGGUAUUGAAAGAAGAACAAAAAUACCUGGUACAACCCGAGUCUAGGCUGCCUCAAACAGUGAGCUUCGAGUCUUCAAGUUCAUCCGCAGAUUGA